AGUCCGAGCCGCAGUAACUCCAACGGGCGAGGCGCAGCGGCACGGCGGGGUCCCCAGCCUUCCUGCAGUGCAGAGAUCCACUCAACUCAACUCAUGAACCCAUACUGGCAACUGACAACUUCAAGGAUACCGUGAAUGUGUUUAUUAGGAAACCAAAUAGGAAAAUCUACAGACAAACAUUUAAUUUGGUUGGAGUAUUUUUUGACAGAUUUAGGCUACUUACCCAUGUUUUUAGGGUUUCUAUGGACAGUCAUAUGACCACAGCAAAUGCCCACGAGCAAUAAUAUAAUGAGUACUUUUGACAUUUCUCUUUAACCCUCAAGAUGGAUUUACAAACCCUGAACGAGACCUCUGUGUUCUUGGAGUGUGUGGAAGCGCAAGGCGCAGCGUCAAAUGGAACGCCGAACUCCAGCCUGGAACUCACAAACAUCACCACCUGUGGAAACGCUUACGUGGUCCUCAAACCGAAACAUGUCAAACAGAAAGAGGUGGACUCGCUGCGUAUCCUGCUCUACUCGGUAAUCUUCCUCCUCAGUGUGUUUGGCAACCUGCUAAUCAUUGUGGUCCUGACGGUCAACAAGCGCAUGAGGACGGUCACCAACUCCUUCCUGCUGUCCCUGGCGGUCAGCGACCUGAUGAUGGCCAUCUUCUGCAUGCCCUUCACCCUCAUACCCAACCUCCUGGAGGACUUCAUCUUUGGGCCCACCAUGUGCAAGAUAGUGGCUUACCUCAUGGGUGUUUCCGUGAGUAUCUCCACCUUCAGCCUGGUUGCCAUAGCAAUUGAGCGCUACAGCGCCAUCUGCAACCCGCUAAAGUCACGGGCGUGGCAGACCCGUUCCCAUGCCUACCGGGUGAUUACUGCCACCUGGCUGCUGUCCUUCAUGAUCAUGAGUCCCUACCCGGUGUUCAGCCAUCUGGUCCAUGUCCCCCUGAAGGACAACAUCACCAUCGCACGCAUGUGUCGCCAUAUCUGGCCCCACAGGGAGGUGGAGCAGACCUGGAAUAUGAUGUUGCUGCUUACGCUCUUUGUUGUUCCGGGUGUGGUGAUGAUCGUAGCCUAUGGACUGAUCUCCAGAGAGCUGUACCGGGGAAUCCAGUUUGAGCUGGGUCAGAAGACAUCAUCCCCCAGUCUAAAGAAUGGCCUGACCGGCACCGUGUCUUGCGGCAGCGACGACGGCGAUGGUUGCUACGUCCAGGUCUCCAAGCGUCCACACUCCAUGGAGAUGUCCACUCUGACAUCAUCUACAGCGAGCACAUCCAAAGUGGAGCAUGCCCGCAGCAACUCCUCAGAGGCCAAGCUCCUAGCCAAGAAGCGUGUGAUCCGGAUGCUGGUGGUGAUCGUGGCUCUGUUCUUCCUGUGCUGGAUGCCACUAUACUGCGCCAACACCUGGAAGGCUUUCCACCCAGCCUCUGCCCGCCGUGCCCUCUCUGGUGCCCCCAUCUCCUUCAUCCACCUACUGUCCUACACCUCGGCCUGCGUUAACCCCAUCAUCUACUGCUUCAUGAACACUCGCUUCCGCAAGUCUCUGCUUGCCACCUUUGCCUGCUGCUGUCGCCCUCCCUGCCGACGCCAAGGGCUGCGGGAUGGAGAGGAGGACGCAAUGGCUUUGGGGGUGUCCAUGUCCAAGUUUAGUUACACCACAGUCAGCACUAUGGGGCGUGCUGAGGGAGGGACCACUGACUGACUGGGGGACAGGGGAGACCAGAGAGAUAUGUGGUUAUGUGAUCGGUUUAGUCAUUUCUAUAGGGGAAACCAUUAACCUGUGGUCAUUAAGUAUGGGGGAGAUUAGGUUUGGGCGGUAUCCAGAUUUUCAAACCUUCCUACCAUUCCUGUACCAUACCGGGAUACAAGUUAUUACCGGCAUUGCACACAAGGGGGGCUAUUUAUUUUCAAAAGCAAAAAACAACACCAACAAAACAUUUAAACAAUUCUUAUUUUUUUACUCACAAAACAAAUUUGGGCAGGAUCCAGGAGGGGAUUGACUUAUUUAACAUAUAGUUAUAAGCAGUGGCGUAGCAUUUAUAUAUUUACGGUAUUCGAAAUCAUACCGUCGGAAUUUCAAAAUUCCCCCGGUAUUACCGCCCAAGGCUAGGAGAGAUGCACCCACAGUCAAUAGGGAAGUCAACACAAGACCAUGACUGUAAUGCUAAUGUCAAGUCCAAUUGGCUCAGAGAUGUAUUAUCUAGUUAAACUAACCUACUGUAUGUUGAUGGGUAGAUCAAACCUGUAGGGAAAAUACUCAUGGCCUAUGGAGAAUGAAUACCCAACAUACCCAAAGGAAAAUGACAGUUAUACACUGUUCAAUAGUUGAAAAACUAAAGAAAAUAAUGGAAAUAUAAUAGCACUGUUUUUCAUUAGCAUUUUGUCCCAAGUGAUGGAAAACAAUGUUUCAUUUAAUGGUAUGUAGCCUAUGUAGUUAUUUCGUUAUCAUCUGGGACUCAUUAAAACAGCUUGCAUUCAUUUUUACUGUUGAACCCCUGAUAUAGGAUGGGAACUAACAUCAGGGUGGAAUUAAAGGGUUAUGUGUUGGUAGGGGGUGUAUUCCUGAAUGA